AUGAUGACAAUCAAACCAGGCGAGCUGGUGGUUUCUACACUACUGCGGCAGUUUGUCUCCCUGACUAAAUCGAAAAUUGAGAAAGCCCUGGAGGAGGGGCAUGAAAACAAUUUGAUGAAAAGUAUGCGUCUGUCCGAGGAUGCCGCCUUUGAACAGUUACUGGAUUCGUUUUAUGUAUCCGCUGAAUUCGCAUUACCCUCGUUACUUCGUGCAUUAAUUCAGUGGUACCAGUCUCAACACUCAUCGGGAACAAAUUAUGCGGCACAUCGCAAGCGUCAUCUGACAGCCAAGGAAGAGAACCCCAUGAUGACGAGCUGCUUGAUAAUGGGCAGUGCGAAGGAUAAUCCACGACAUGUAAACACCUCUGCUGCACCAUAUGUUUCCGGUAAAUCGGAAAAAAUUAUACCGAAUAUCAGUGAUAUUCAAUGCACCACGAAAAGUACAUGCAUUUUGUCUUCGGAAAUGCGUGUUUUGGCCGAGCGUCGUGAUCUCGCUAUUGAUAUCGUGUUCUGUCAAGUGGUAUUGUCGGUUCUGCGACAGCUAUCUUAUCAUCCGGGGAACAACCAACUGAUCGAAACGAUUCUUGACCAGUCGUUUCGACGAUUUAAAUAUCGAGAAGAUCUUCAACCACAGAACAGUGAAAAUGUUAAUCUGGUUGCUGAUCUGUACGCGGAAAUCGUGGGUGUUUUGUCCCAGUCAAGGUUUGCUCUGGUCCGAUCUCGCUUCACACGUCAUUUGAACGAACUACGGGCUAAAGAGAACAGUCCAAACGUCAAACCCAGUAUCGUCUCCUUGAUAAUGGGCAUGAAGUUUUUUCGGGUCAAGAUGCAUCCGAUCGAGGACUUCGUGAACUGCUUCACCUUUCUUCAAGAAUUGGGUCAGUACUUCCUUGAAGUAAAAGAGCCCGAGAUCAAACACGUACUGUCUGACCUGUUUGUGGAAAUCCUGCUCCCUGUCGCGGCCGUCGCUCGACAAGAGGUGAAUAUACCGGCUCUGAAGAACUUCGUUGAAAACUUAUAUCCCACCAGUUUGGAACUGGCCAAUAAGAAAAAACACAUACCUGCCCUGUUUCCACUGGUCACUUGUCUUCUUUGUGUGGGCACGAAGUCGUUCUUUCUGAACAAUUGGGCCAAUUUUAUGACAAUUUGUCUCAGUCACCUGAAAAAUCGAACCCCGAAAGUUGCCUUGGUCAGUCUGCAGUCUUUGUCCUGUCUACUGUGGGUAUACAUCGUGCGGAUACGGGGCGAGAAGCAUUCGGAAACACAGAGCAAAUUGCAUCACAUUGUGAACAGCUUGUUCCCCAAAAACCAGAAGUUUGUCGUUCCCAAAGACGCACCGAUCAACAUUUUCGUACGGAUUAUCCAAUUUAUUGCACAUGUAAGUUCGAUUCUGUCGUGA